GCCUACUGAAGCCACUGGGUGUGCGUGUCUGCGCGUGCUUGUGCGCGCGCGCGUGUGCGUGCGUGUGUGUGUGUGUGUGUGUGUGUGUGUGUGUGUGUGUGUGUGUGUGCGCGCGCGCGCGCGCGCAUGCGGAGAGAUCGGGCGGGUGGUCAGUCUGUGAGAGGGGGAGGGUUCGAGUAGGAGGGGAUGAAAGGGGCCAGGUGAGGAGGAGACACAGCAGUAUCACCCUUCUCUUCGACCCCUCCAUCCCUCCUUCAGCACACAUCCAUCCACCAUCCACAUCGCCUGAAUGUCUCGCGUGUGUAUGGAUGUGUAUGUAUGACUAUGUUGGCUUUGCGCGCGUGUGUGUGUGUGUGUGUGUGUGUGCGUGCGUGCGUGCGUGUGUUUGAGAGAGUCACCGAAACAGGUCAGCGUUCUUCCAACAGACUGUGAACCUGCACAGGAGUGAGCAGCGCUUUCCCGACGGAGGGGAACAUAAGGUCCUCGCUGGCUUUGAGCAUUUCCCUGCGGCUCUGAUUGCCUUGAGAGGCGCACCAUCUGAAGAUGCAGAUGCCAAACUCGAUACCACGUGAAGGUCCACACAGGCAGGAGCGCAAAAAAUUUUCCCAGCUACAGUACAGUGGAGGGUCUCAGCGGCUCCAUCUUCAAGGGUGUGGGGGCUCCUGUGACCCUCUUGAGCUCUAGACUCAAUCGAGGAUCAACCUCCUGAGCUUCUCUGUGGCACGCUCCGGCGGUGGAGGAUGGGUGAUGGGCCCGUGAUACUCAGCGGAUUCUCUCCUCCUCAAUCUACCCUCUCAUGGAGCACCUUGUCACACCGAGUCCCUCACGGAAUGCUUCUCUCCUGCGACUCCCCCCGUUUCACCUCUCGCGGCAAGCAAACGCUUCCAACGUGAGCCAGGACGGAAUAGACGUGAAUCAGUCUGUGGCUUUGUUUGCCAUGCUCAUCAUGGACGUCCUGGCUGUGGUGGGGAACCUUGCCGUGAUGAUCGUCAUCAGCAAAACGGCGCAUCUGCGCAAGUUUGCCUUUGUGUUCCACCUGUGCUUGGUGGACCUGCUGGCGGCGCUGGUGUUGAUGCCUCUCGGGAUGGUGCCCGAUCGGAUGUUGGCCGACGAAGCCCUGUGCCGAAGUUACCUCUGUUUGAGCGUUUGCCUGGUGAGCGCGGCCAUCCUCACCAUCUGCGCCAUCAACGUGGAGCGCUACUAUUACAUUGUGCAUCCCAUGCGCCACGAGGUGAAGAUGACGGUCGGGGUGGUGGUGACGGUGCUGGUGGGGGUCUGGAUUAAAGCCGUGGUCAUGUCAUCGUUGCCUUUCCUGGGGUGGCUGCUCCAAGGUAACCAGGCUGCGGCAUCGAGUCCGCCGCUCAUCCCCGCUCAGACGCACUGCUCCCUCCACUGGGCAGGUGGCAGGACCACACGUCUGAUCUUCAUGGUCUUCUUCACGUUCAUCUAUUUCCUGUGUCCCAUGUUGAUUAUUCUGGUGGUCUACUGCAACAUGUUCAAGGUGGCCCGAGUGGCGGCCAUGCAUCACGGCCCGCUGCCUACUUGGAUGGACACGCCACGGCAUCGCUCGGAAUCUACCAGCAGUCGCUCCACCAUGGCCGCCAGCCUUGGUGGGACUGAUUCCCGCAACACUCCCCAAAGGACCUUUGGAGGUGGGAAGGCUGCGGCGGUUCUGGUAGCGGUGGGAGGCCAGUUCCUCUGCUGCUGGCUGCCAUACUUCUCUUUCCAUCUCUAUUCGGCCGCGGUGUCUUCCUCGCCUACCUCCCUUGCCCAGCUGGAGGACGUGGUCACGUGGAUAGGCUAUUUCUGCUUCACCUCUAACCCCUUCUUCUACGGCUGCCUCAAUCGUCAGAUUCGGGAGGAGCUCGGCCGCCACCUGGCCUGCCUUUUCAAGUGGGCCGGAUCCGGUCAGGGGGAACAGCUGCCCAGCCGUGAGGCCUCCAUCGAGGAGAACUUCAUGCAGUUCCUUCAGGGCACGGCGGGCAAUUUGGAGCCGUGUAACUCUCACAGCCGAGUGAGUCAAGAGGAGACGGAACACGAAGGCCUUCGGGAAUCAUCUGCUCCGCACAACAUGCCAGCUGACUUCCACAUCCCAGGGCAGAUUCUUGAAGAAACCUCAGAGUUCAUACAACGUCAAAAACUCAACAAUCAACUCCAUGCGCUGGGAAAUGCCAAAAACAGUACCGGCGAUGUAGCCCCCUCGCCCAUCGUAUAUAAUAAUCGAGUUCAGGACUUCAUUUCAUUAAAAACUCAUUUAAACGAGACGCCGAAUGUUUUAUGCUCUCAAACAGAAACCCAGUGAGCGCACUCUAUAGAUCGUCGAUUAGACGUCUAGUUGUGCAACGUCUUUCUGAGAAAAAGGAGAGAGGUUCCGUGAAAAGUCAUUGAUAAAUGCAGUACAUCAUGUGCAUCUUCUUUUCAUCCCCGACGCCCGCGAUUCGGCGGCGCUACAUGUCAAAGAGACACUCUGCGGUUUGCUGUUUCAUAAGUGAUGUCCGUGUGUAUUUUUAAUCGCCUCUCUUGAGUUGUUGUUACCAUGUUUAUCUUUUUUUUUUU